CUUUUCUCACAGAGUGAUAAAGAAGGACAAGGACAAAACAAAGUUGAAACCGCACAGUGGGAGACAGCAGUCCAAAACCCAUCCAACCCGGCAACCCCUACUCUCUCUCUCUCUCUCUCUCUCUCUCUCUCUGCAUCAGUAUCCUUCUGAGAUCAACCUUGAAAGAUUAGCAAAUUUGAAGAUAAGGGGGGAAGCUGAUUUUGGAGACCAAAAAAUGGUGAGAUUUUCAUUAGCAGUGAUGGGUUUUGUGGCCUUAUGCUUGUCGGUCGCGGCUACAGAGGCGCAGGACAUGAAAUACAAAGACCCAAAUCUAGCAUUGAAUGUGAGAAUCAAGGACCUCAUGGAUCGAAUGACGCUCGAGGAGAAGAUUGGGCAGAUGACACAGAUUGAGCGUUCGGUUGCGUCAGCUGAUGUGAUGAAGAAGUACUUCAUUGGAAGUGUAUUAAGUGGUGGAGGCAGUGUACCGGCUCCCAAGGCUUCUGCCGAAAGUUGGGUGAAUAUGGUGAAUGAUUUGCAGAAGGGUGCUCUCUCUACACGUCUCGGCAUCCCAAUGAUUUACGGUAUUGAUGCUGUACACGGCCACAACAACGUAUACAAUGCAACAAUUUUCCCUCAUAAUGUUGGCCUUGGAGUUACAAGGGAUCCUAAACUUCUCAGGAAGAUUGGGGAAGCAACUGCACUUGAAGUUAGAGCUACAGGAAUCCCCUAUGCUUUUGCUCCAUGCAUUGCGGUCUGCAGAGAUCCAAGAUGGGGUCGGUGUUAUGAAAGCUAUAGUGAAGAUCAUAAGAUUGUUCAAGCAAUGACCGAAAUCAUUCCGGGAUUACAAGGAGAUCUCCCUGCAAAUUCUCAACACGGUGUCCCCUUUGUUGGUGGAAAGACAAAAGUUGCAGCCUGUGCUAAGCACUUUGUGGGAGAUGGUGGUACAACAAACGGCAUAAAUGAGAACAACACUGUGAUUAACAUGAAAGGGUUGUUCAGCAUCCACAUGCCGGCAUACUUUGAUUCUAUCAAGAAGGGUGUUGCCACAGUGAUGAUCUCCUACUCAAGCUGGAACGGAGUAAAAAUGCAUGCUAACCGUGAUCUUGUCACCGGCUUCCUCAAGGACAAGCUCAAGUUCAGGGGUUUUGUCAUAUCAGAUUGGCAGGGUCUCGACAGAAUUACAUCCCCGCCCCAUGCUAACUACUCUUAUUCUGUUCAAGCCGGAGUCCUUGCAGGAAUUGACAUGAUCAUGGUCCCAAAUGACUUCACAGAGUUUCUUGAUGAUCUGACGCUCCAGGUAAAGAAUAAUAUCAUUCCCAUGAGCAGGAUUGACGAUGCUGUGAAGAGGAUCUUGAGGGUUAAAUUUGUCAUGGGCCUCUUUGAGAAUCCAAUGGCUGAUCUUAGCUUGACCAAUCAACUGGGAAGCAAGGAACAUCGAGAAUUGGCUAGGGACGCUGUGAGGAGAUCACUUGUGCUUCUGAAGAAUGGUAAACCUGCCAAUACGCCACUGCUUCCACUUCCCAAAAAGGCACCAAAGAUACUUGUUGCUGGUACUCAUGCUGACAACUUGGGUUAUCAGUGUGGAGGAUGGACUAUAGAAUGGCAGGGUGUUAGCGGCAAUGAGUUCGUAGUCGGUACCUCAGUCUUAGCAGCUGUAAAGAACGCUGUUGACCCAACUACCCAAGUUGUCUAUAGUGAGAACCCUGAUGCAAACUUCGUAAAGUCCAACGAUUUCUCCUAUGCCAUUGUUGUCGUGGGUGAAACACCUUAUGUGGAGACACUUGGUGAUAGCAUGAAUUUGACGAUACCCGAACCUGGGCCAAGCAUAAUCACUAACGUUUGUGGUGGCACUCUCAAAUGUGUUGUCGUUCUCAUCUCCGGUCGCCCUGUUGUAAUUGAGCCCUUUGUCGAUAAAAUGGAUGCUCUUGUUGCUGCUUGGCUUCCAGGAACUGAAGGCCGAGGUGUUACUGAUCUUCUGUUUGGUGACUAUGGAUUUACUGGUAAACUUGCUCGCACUUGGUUCAAGAACGUCGAUCAGCUCCCAAUGAAUGUUGGUGAUCCGCAUUAUGAUCCUCUUUUCCCAUUUGGUUUUGGUCUCACAACCAAACCUGCAAAUAACUGAGAUUGGAUGGUUUCCAGUUGAAUCAUAAUUCAUAUGCAGAAACAUUGUGAGCAAGUUUCUACCCAGAAAAAUUGUUGGGAGGACUUGGUGUUAAUCCAAUCCGGCCGGUCAAUUUAUAUGCAGAUACAGAUGAAUCACAUGUUGCUGAUAAUAUUGGGAUAUCUAUGGGUAUUUGCUUCUUUGCUUCCA